AUGUCAACUUGCGUGCCUAUCUAGGUUUAUAUGGGGAAAUCGUUCAUUGUUGGACCUGGCACUCAUUCACAGAGUGCAGUGUACCAGCCAAGUUGCAAUUGUGGUGCAUGGCAAAUGCUUACCUUUUAUGCUAACUUUACCCACACAUAAUUGAGGAGAAUCACAGUGUCACAUAACCGCGGUCUCUAUUAGAGCUAAUCGUUCUUCUACAAGAUAUUAAAGUUCUAUCUGUUCAGCAAUUAAUAAUUAACUGUUGGCUGAAUGCAUGCCUUUUCCCAUUUUGGACCAGUGAGGCAGAAGCUUGCCAGAAGCCUCUCAUGUUCACCUCUUCUUUGUACGGCACAAAAAAAUAGGCUGGUGCUGGGAUGUGGGAGCAACGUAAUAGACCACAUCUACAAUGUCAAAGUGGUACCAGCAUCUGGAGGCAAAGGAUUCUUCCUCAGCCCGUUCAGAGCACUUGAAUCUAAGCUGAUUGGAGGAGUCACCCUUAACCACCUAGCAUGGGCGACUCUCGGAGGAGUACCCACUGGUCUACUGGCUUUACAAGGAGCUGACGAGUUGGGGAGUUUCCUGAGAUCACACCUCAAAGAUUUGGGAGUAAGGACGGACUUCAUUCAAGUGGACGAGAAAUUUGCCACAUCACAGUGCCACGUGUUCAUCCAAGAGGAUGGUGAGAGGAGCAUUCUCAUGGCUCCUGCAACAACUUCUUGUAUCGAUGAGCAGGCCGUAAUUAAAUAUUUUGAUGGAUACAUUCAAGAAAAUGCCUCAAUGGUAACCACAGAGAUAUCCCAAGUGCCUCUGAGCGGAGUGAAGGCACUACUGGAUUCUGCUAAGAAGGCUAAUGUGUUGUCAGUACUGGAUCUGGAUAUCCCACCUUCAGUGGCUGAGAAUGAAGCUAAACUGGGCAGCAUUGCUGAGGUGAUAGAGUGUGUACGUACAGCAGACGUUUUGAAGCCUGCCAAGGCAGCAGCUGAAGAAUUGCUCACCAUCAUGACUGGAGACAGCCAGAGAAUUAAAGCUAUGUCACACAGAGAAAAGGCUGCUGAAUUGGUUCGUCUGUGUGACUCGAAGCUGGUGGCCAUUACCAAUGGACACGAGCCAAGCAUCUUAGCAACCCCAGAUAAGGUGGUGGAUGUAGCACCGAGCCAUAUUGCCAAAGUUUUGGAUACCACUGGCGCUGGAGAUGCCUACCUGGGGGGUCUCAUUACCAUUUUGGCUAAGAAUGGUUUGCCAAACACUGAAGAAGAGCUCAGGAACCUGGGGGAAGUUGCAAACGGCUUUGGUGCCUCGUGUGUGCAAUCUAUUGGCGGAGUGCCUGUGUCAACUUCAAGGGAGACACUGAAGAAGAUUCUACCAGAUAUUGACUUGUUACCUGUGAAUUCCACUGCUCCAGAGAUUCCCCCACACCGUCACACACCCAGCACAUCCCUACAUACUACACUGUCUCAGUUUGAAGAGUCAUUGAGGAAUGAUGCUUUGGCAGCUAACUCCCUAGCUGGUGGACUGGACAUGAGCAGUGUGGAGGAGGUAAUCGACACCCUGGACAAGUGCGAGGGACAGCUCCUUGUCUCUGGAGUUGGCAAGUCAGGUCAUGUUGGGCGUCGCUUUGCCAGCUCCCUGGGGUCCAUUGGUCUAGCGUCUCAUUUCAUUCACGCCACUGACUUUGUGCACGGGGACCUGGGUAUAGUAAAGGGUGGCAGAGAUGUGGUGAUGUUCCUGUCCCACAGUGGCAACACAGAGGAGUGUGUGAGAGCUGCCUACCACCUCGGGGCGAGGGGUGUGUGCACCAUCAUCAUUACAGGGGGGAGAGAUUCGAAACUUGCCAAGCUAUGUACUUUCAGCCUGUUCUACAACAAAGACUGUCUUUGGGAACCAUUUGGCUGUCUACCGUCAACUAGCUUAGUCAUUCAGGAAAUGCUAUGUAAUGCUUUGCUGUGCCAGAUCAUCGCCAAGAAAAACGUAAACAAGGACGUCUACAAGCAUAAUCAUCCUGGUGGCAGCAUUGGAAGAUUGUUGAGUCAAUCAAUAAACACUUGUACGUAAAAUACGUUGUUUGUUUAAGGGAAUUUGAACAGAAGCAUUAUUGAUGUUUCCUUUUGUUCUGAGGCUCUACUCAUGCUCUAUAAUUAUGUAGAUCUAGCACAAUUAUUAUACAAGUAUUAGUUAUUGCCCAGCCAGAGUGCAACAUGCCAUAUAUUGCACGAGGGCGCCUGCAAUAACUAACUUGUUGCCCAAUGACGUUAAACUCGUCUGACUGGUCAUAUAAAUCGUAAUAAAAGACAUGUGUUUUGAAGGAAUUUAGUGUAUUCAUUAGUUUUGCUGAAUUCCAUAGUAGGUUUUCUUCCCGCUUCUAGUUUUAAAAGUAGUAGCCUAUAAAAGGGACCAAAUGAGUUGCUGGUGGGGCAUAAGUCCCAAACGGAUAUCUCAAGAAAUCUACUGCAUUUACUGUAUUUUUCCAAGACCUUGCAAAAUGAGCCCACGAUUGGUUAUUCUGUGCCUGCUCAUGCGCAGUAGAUCUUUUUGAAUUGUGAGCAAUGGCUACGUCUACUUCUUGUGAAUCAAGAGGUCUAGUGCUUACAGUGAAGAUCUACGUUGGAGGAUCAUAUGGCAAAGUGAGGCUUUUCUUUGUAAGCCAUCAGUGAUAGCUUAAUUGUAAUCUCAAUAUUGAUGUGUCAACAGUUUGGAGAGUGAUGCACACAUCUUUAGAACUACUGGAGAUGUUGCCAAGAAAGAAUACCCAGUUCAGAGAGCAUUUCGGUGCAGCUCCUCUUCAUCAUCCAUCUGAUACUCCAAAGGCCAGGGAUGUACCUCCGAGAAAUCACAAGUGAAAUAAAGUCAACACUUGGGCUAGAUGUGAGUGAAAGCGCAGUGUGUAAGAUGCUGAAAAAAAGUGGAUUUACAAGGCAGAAGCUGGUUACAUUUGCCUUACAGAGAGACGAUUUACUCCGAAAUGAAUUUGUAACUGAUGUUUCUUUAUAUGAAAAGAGUUCCCUUGUGUUUAUUGAUGAAACAGGCACUGAUUCAAGGGAUGCUAUACGCACGUAUGGCUAUAUAUAGCUUGAGAGGCAAACCAAUGAAAGCCCAGAAAUUGUUUGUGAGAGGAGAACAUAUUUCUGCCAUUGCGGCAAUGUCAAUGAAUGGAUUGAAAAUUGUUUGAUGUGGUGUAAAUAGUGAUCAUUUCUAUAACUUUGUGCCAACGGUACUAACGAAAAUAGUAUUGUCAUCAUGGAUAACUGUUCCAUCCACCAUGUGCAUGAAGUUGAGCAAGUCAUCAGUGAUGCUGGAUCAGUCAGUCAUUACCUGCCCCCGUACUCACCGGAUUUUAAUCCCAUAGAACUAGCUUUUUCAAAAGUCAAGUAUAAUUAUGAUGAGAUCAUUGGAAACAGAAAUGCAAGCAAUCAAUGACACUAUUGUAUUAUACGCAUUUUCAACAAUAACAGUAGCAGAUCGUCAAGCCUGGAUUUUAAGUAUUGGAAUAUACUAGAAUACACACACACAUUAUGUACAAAGACUUUUGUAGACAUAAUGGGUGGCAUGAAUACAAUAAGACUAUAUUCUUCAGUAUAAUUAUAGCAAAUACAUAAUACAGUUGCAAAGUACAUUAUCUGCGUCACUGAAGCCUUUUAAGUCCACACAAAAUAUCUCGCUUUUGCUCUUUAAACUCAUCCUGCGUUAAGACACAGUCGUCAUAUAGCUGUUUGAGGGUGCUUAAUUAGUUGUCCAAAUGAUUUUCCACGUAUUUCAGAGGCUUUACCAGGGGAAAUUACCAAUUGUGAUGAAUCUCUUAAAGGUCUGGUAGGUGUCCAUGAAUCUGAAAUAGUCUAUUGAAUAGUAGCUGAUUGGGUGACUGAAGAACACAAUUGAUUGUCUUAACAACAGCUGUCGGCAGUGCUCGCAAUAGUAUCUGACAUCGUCAUGUCAUCCUUUCUUUGUUUCCUUUUUGGAGUAAUACCAGUUAUCAUAGGUACUUGCGGCGGUGUAUCUUUACUUGAAUGAAUCCCUGUUGUAAUCAUGCGAGCCCACAGACGAUACUGCACUUCGCUUAAAGUUAAUUUUUCUUCAUUCAAUUCUUUUGUUAAUAACUCUUCCACCUCAAGCUCCUUUUCCUCUCUUCUUGACAAACGCCCUUCUCCAGUUUUUCGCCGCAUAGGAUUUAGAGUUUCACUAUCAGUAAUAUUUCGGCCAUCACACCAUAACAUAAUUUCGUGAGUGGUGGAUUUGCUAUACAUAGAAGUCAAAUCUUCUUCUGUGUAAAUCCAAUAUUUAGCAGAUGGGCGGCCAGCAAAGUAACCCAUUGAAAAUGAUGUUGUUGCUGGUACUUGACCCUUGAAUUCCUCCAUUAACCUGACCUUCAUAUCUAUCAUAGAGAUUGUGACAUUAGUGGUGCCGGAGGAUUAGUCGUGUCAGAACUUGUACUUCCCUGUGAAACAUUUAACACGUACAAUUAUUACCAGCAGAAAGGUAAUUAGUUUGUUUCCUAUUUGUUGGAUCUAUAUCUAGCUCAACUAGCUAACUAUUAUCACUAGGCCUAAUAAAUAUGUUUUUAUUUAGUGAGCACUAGAUCUUCCUAACAGGUUGUGCACAUCCACUCCUAAACCCUAGCUGGUGGCAGAACAGUGACUGUUACUCUACAUCCUGUAGAAUUUACUCUCAGAUCUGCGCAUGCGCAACGACGCUUUUGGACUUCCACCCAAAAUAAUCGCAAGAUCUUGGAAUACACACAGUGCAAGUGCAUAUAAUCCCAGUGCAUUAUGCCAUAAUAAUGCAGUGCAAUAUAUGGUUGCCAUGGUAGUGAUGCAACAUGCCAUAUACUGAGCACUGGAUUGCUUUGAUCUGCCCACUCACUGGGCAACAAGGACACAAAGAAGAUAUCUAUAUUUUGGGAAAGACAAGCACACAGUAACAUACACCAGGAGCACAUAAAAAAUGGGCUUCUGGAUAUACGUAGCACACAAAUAAGAUACAAUAGUCUAGAGUGAUAAGCAGUAAUUUCAUAUGUCCACUCGACGAUGCCUUUGGCUAGUCAUACUUUU